UGUGUGUACUAACAGGAACAUGUGAACACAAAAUCUGCAAACACAUUCAUACAGACAUUCACACUUGUGAAUGUGUAUGCUGCACAUGUGCAUGCACAUAGUGCACACACACACACACACAUUAAUCCUCCCAGACACCCUGCUGCCACAGGCGAGGAAGCCCCUCACCAGUCUGCUCACCUGCUCCACACGUCAAGCCACACUCAGGUAGGAGAGGACCAAACAUGACAUCGAUGAGUCAAGGUAUAAGGCAGGACGACCUCGCUCCUCAGGUGUUUGUGACACAAAUGAUGUCCUUGCCAGUGCUGCAUGAUGCCCUUACCCUGGCCACCUCCCUCUACUGCUCCACCAAGGAACAACAGUAUGUGGGAGUGGCCCUGCAAGCAGCAGAGGUCAGUGUGUGGGCGGUAGCCAACACGGCGUUACCUCUGGCUACACCCCUGGUGGAGCGGGUGGUUGGUUGGGCAGUCUUAGACAAGUGGGCAUGUAAAGGUCUUGAUCGUGUUAAGGAAGCAGCUCCCAUCAUCACUAAAUCAACUAGAGAGAUUGUGAGGACCACUCGGAAUCUUGUGCUAACCACCCUGGCUGGUGACGUUGGCUCAGACGAUCUGCCCCCGCCCACUGUUGGUGCUGCCCUUACCACCCGCGCCACCUACACGGUGGGGUGCAUUACCGAGAGUAGCGGAGGACGUGUGGCGGUGGGCAUGGCUGACCGUUUCCUUGAUUCUGCCCACACCUUGGUAGACACUUACUUUCCACCUCAUGAUGGGGACCUUCACGAUUCAGAUGGCAGAGAUGGAUCACUCGGGAUGAAAGUAGCUGCACUGGCUGAUAAAUCUUGUAGACGUUUUAAGCGAGGAGUCCACACAACCCUUAAUGUCAACUCUAAUCAAGAACUGGAUGAUGAUGAUAUCAUAAUUACAUCUGGGCACUUGCUGGAGCUCGGGAGACGCUCACUCUUCUCCUGGUACAUCUACGUGACCCGGCAACACCUCGCAGGAAGAGGUGGGAAGAUACACUCACUGCUGAUGGAUGGAGCAGAAACGAUGCAUAGUAAAGUAAUGCAAGGGGCAGGCACAGUCUGGUCACUGGUAACAAGUGGAAUGGCAAGAGUGCAGGAAAUGACAACAAGUGGCAAAACUGGUUCAGUGGUGAUAGGUGGUGUUCACAUGGUGAAUGAUGUGGUGAUGGAUGGAGUGGAUGUGGUUAAGAAGGUGAUGACGACUGGUAUGAACUUGGCACACAAUGUGGUUGGAAAUGGACUGAGUAUAUCUCACACAGCUUUAAAUGGCAGCCUGAAUGUUAUGCAGAUGGUGAUUGUGAGUGGAAAGGAUAUAACAUACAGUGUGGUGACAAUUGUAAUAAGCACAGCACACAUUACAGUGACAAGUGGAGUUGGUAUACCAUAUAAGGUGGUGAUGCACGGAAAAACGAUGGCACAGAACAUAGUAUCGGGUGGUAUGAAGGCCACGACUCGUGUAUCUAACUCCAUCUACCCUAUCGUCACUAACUUUACUCUCAACGAUUACACUCAAGACAGUGAUGAUAUGGCCAGGUCGAACACAAACAAAGCCUUCAACACUAUCUACAUUAUUCUGAAGUAUGUCCAAGGCUUCCCAGGAGGGGUGAUGGCAUGGGUGGACUUUCUCAUUCAGCCUGAUGAAGCUGGUGACAAGUCUACAGAUGACCAGGUGUAUGAAGAACCCCACUCUUACGAUAUAGAAGAGGAAACAGAAGAGUCGGAGAACAACUCACACGCAUAUGAAGACUCACUGUUGAGUGAACUGACAGACUGCCUCAAUGACAAAUAAAAUGAAUCAGGAAUUAGUGGAUGAAUAAUGUUAUACUGUACUGUACAUAUUGAAGAUUACCUUCCUUCCCAUCGACUCACUUGACUGAGGAUGAUUUGUGUCUCCAAAUUAUCUAAGCUUCUUUGACUAGUCACAUCUGUAUUACCCUAGAUUAAAUUUGAUUCUAAGCAAUGCAGUGCUACUUGUUACAAAGACAAAAUUCAACUAUCAUGGCAGUUAUUCUAUGACUUAGCAGUUGAAAGAUGGCUCAAAAGAUUGCAUCUUCAGAGCAAUUUUGUUAUCUGGUGCAGUCACAUGUGCAUGCUAGUUACACACACAUGAUGAUGCAGUGCCCGCUACUUACAUGAUGGAUGAAACUAUACUUUAAUGUCAAGAGGGUGAUGUUAUGAGUCACAAACCUUAUAACAUGUUUACUUCCCCCACAAAUUACUGAGGAUGACUCUGGACUAUAGGAGUUUGUGCUUGUGGUUUUAGUCUUCUUCCAUCACACACUGCUCUCCCUGUUGCAGUCUUCCUUACUAUUUCCACAAUUUUCUCUCCAAGUUUUAUACCUCUGAUCCACCCUAACAUAAUUAGAGAUGAAGAAUA